AUGUCUGGACGCGGAAAGCAGGGCGGUAAAGCGCGUGCCAAGGCAAAGACUCGGUCUUCUCGCGCCGGACUGCAGUUUCCCGUGGGUCGUGUGCAUCGUUUACUUCGCAAGGGUAACUAUUCUGAGCGGGUUGGGGCUGGCGCUCCCGUAUACCUGGCGGCGGUGCUGGAGUACCUGACGGCUGAGAUUCUGGAGCUGGCGGGUAACGCUGCCCGAGACAACAAGAAGACGCGCAUCAUCCCGCGCCACCUGCAGUUGGCCAUCCGCAACGACGAAGAGCUUAAUAAGCUGUUGGGUCGUGUGACUAUUGCGCAGGGCGGUGUUCUCCCCAACAUCCAGGCCGUGUUAUUGCCCAAGAAGACCGAGAGUCACCACAAGGCCAAGGGCAAGUGA